GGCGGGGAAGUCUAAGGAAACCAUGACGCAGAGGCAAACAAUUGUGCUGUGCCAUUACUGACUAACUCUACAGUAGACGAAGCUAACGUCAAGCCGGCUGCACAUGCUGCUUUUGCUGCGCACCCCAAUUCCCACAGUUGCGUUUCUGCUGGUGAGUCUUUCCGGCACACGGUUUGUCGUUGGCGUCUCAAGACUUACCGACGUCACAGGCGCUUCUAGUUCGCAAUUUCACACUCUACAUUGUAACAUGACCACGCCCACAACGCCGACAUCGGUGUGGAAUCAUUCCGCCGCGUCGACAAUCAUGUGGGAGAACGCGAUUGCAUUGAGACUUUUAUCGAGGUCGACAAUAGGUCAUGUUUGUUCACGCGGCCGCAGAAUUAGAACCCGUGUUGCGCAAAGAUGAACACGAUGCUGAGUACCGUAAUGGACAGCGAGAUGGAUAU